UUCUCUGCCUUCCCCCACCCCUCCCAGAGGGCUGCCUGAGCAGGGGAAAUGAAGCUGUUGGUGACUGUUUUCUUGGUGCUGAGCUUUUGUGAGCUGAGACAAGCAGAGGAUGGAAAGAGCUCCUCUUCCAGCAACCCCCUCCAGGACUCACCCCCCGUCUCAGAAAGGGCCUUCUCUGCAUCCUCCCCCCAGCUCAGCGCCGAGGAAACCUACUCUGCCCACAUGCCUGAGCACCUCCUCUGCGAUGCCUGUAGAGCAAUAUCCUUCCAGAUGCAGCAAUACCUAGAAAAAGCAGAAUCCAAAUGGUCAUUGGCAAAGAAGCCUGGUGCUCUCCUGAGUGAGUCUGAAUAUGUGGAUGCGCUGGAGAACAGCUGCUCACAGAGCUGGGAAAACUAUGGGGUGAAAGAAGUGAAUGGGGUGAAGCGCUUUGCAGGGCCCGGAUUGAAGAGCCAGGAGAGCAUGAGUGUAAUGAUGACGGGAGGACCCUGGCCUGCAAGGUUAUACAUGAUGUGCCAUAGCUACCUCGGUGAGUCAGGAGAAGAGCAGAUCUAUGAGGAGCACAGACGCAGGCCAGGUGGCUUGGAAGAGUUCCUGUGCUAUGGGGCUAAGAAAGCCUGCACAAGAUUCACCCACACCAAAGACAGGAUCAAAGUAAAGUCUCUGCAAAGUGAGCUGUAGCUCUGCACCCUCUGGACCAAGAUCUGGCACGAAAUGUAAGCUAGGAGCAUUCUGUUCCAGCCUGGCAACUGCUGAAAGGGCCCCUGCCAAGGCAGACAAACCAGCAAAUGGGACCAGUGUGCUUUUGGGGACUUUCCCCAAGGAAACAAUUGCUUCGUGCUCUCUUAAUUAAAUGGCAAUCCUUAAAAAAAACCCAAAGCCGCUAACUACCCCAACAGGGCUCACAUCAACCCUAUAGGAACAAACCAGCCUAUACAUCCAGGAGACCCUAUAAUAACAAUUAAUCGCAGUCCAAUUUAUGAGAAUCCCUGAAAUAAGCCAGUAGACAAAGUUUAUCACCCAUGGACACCUAUGUAAAGCCUAUGUAUGACUUACGAAUCUAGUGAUGGCGGGGGGACGGACACGGGACAGGACAGGACAGAUCUUUCACUGAUAUAAAUGGUCAUAGCUCUGCUGAAGUCAGCUGAAGAUGGAUUGCAUUCAUGAAGCUGGGACAAGCUGUAUCAGCUGAGGAUCAGACACAUUGCACCUUGCUUGUACUCGGUGUCUUGAAAGAGUUAUAGCCAGCCUGAUUUUCAGGGUGCUAAGUACCUACAGCUCCCUGACUUCAUCCCCCCAUCACAUUGUCAUCCUGGUUUUCCCUGGUUUUAUAUCAGGGAUCCUGGUUUUCUCUGAUAUAAAAUCACAAAUUCUCUGCUAAAAAAAAAUCACAAAUUCUCUAAUAAAAACCACAAAAUCUGUUAUUAAAAUUAAAAGCUCCCCUCAGCCCCCCCCCCGCUUGUCCCUCUCACUCCCUGCCACAGCCCCCACAUCCUUGCUGGUGCCCCUUGCCCCCCACUCGCAGCUCCUGCUCCCCCAGCCCUGCUGGAGGGAGCCCUCAGCUGCCAGGGCUCGCAGCCCCUGCCCCCACUCUUCCCUGCUGCCUUCUGCAGGCUGGACAGGGGCACUGGCUUCCUGCCACCGCACACACUCCUGGGGAGCAGGGGAGACCCUCACCUCCCAGUUCUGUAUGUCGGGCAGGUGCAGGUUAUGGGCUCAGGCUGCCGCUCAGCUUCCCUCCCCUGGGACCUCCGCAGCCCAGCAGGCACGACCUGGCCAGCAGGGUACAGUGGGGCUGUGCGAGGAUCUCCUUGCCACUGUGAGCUCCACACUGCCCU